AGGUUCGCCUUCAGUUCGCGUUUGGAUAUCGAAUCGGACGGGCCUAUGAUCGCGAGGCGCGCGCAUGCUUUCACGUUUCUCCGUUGAGGCGUUCAAGGGAAAAGUGGUUUGCGCGAAUCUGGCGCUAGACGACGGGAUCCGCCGUCGCUGUGCAGAAUUGUGUUGAAACAAGUUUCGGACGAGCCUUUUCUUCGUUAUUGGAUGUAUUUUUGGGGCCCGCGUGCUCAGCAUCGAAGGGCAAUUUUGGGCGAUUUUCCGCCGCAUGAAGAAUAAUCACCCCGCGCUUGUUAGUUGUGCGAUGCACCGUGUGCAAUUGGCCCCUUUGAAAAUUGAAGAAUACCCAUAGUGUGUCGAAACCUACCGCAUCUUGGCACUUGAGAGGGUGUUAUUUGAUUUUGGAUAAAUUGUGUACCCUUCAAUGCAAGCUGCUAUAUGCGAAGUGAUGGUUUGUGAUUUGAGCCGCCUAACAAUAAGAUUGAGCUAAAGUAUCAUCAUCAUUUUGAAGGUGUCGAGUGUUCAAAAAAUUGAAGAAGAAGCGCACCUUUUCGUUGGUUGAAGGCUUUCGUGACGUGCGCGCAGAUUUAGGUUCAGUUGAAAGUGAGAAAAGUAGGUCUCGUUGAGUGACCGUCGUGAACGUGCAGUCAGCUGGAACUACGCUGGAUAGUGUUUACGACGGGCAGGCAACGUAGUGGUGAUUCACGGUCCACCACCUCAGGGGAGGUCGAUUCGAGAUAAAUUAUUAUCGGCUUUGUCACGUUAAAGUGGUCGAUCUUGCACUUCUCCUGCCUGGUGUUUGUGUUUUUAUGAUAUGCGUUCAAUAACUCGAAUGGAAUUUCCCUGUUCGUAAGAGUGAGUCUACAUGAAUUUAGCAUUUUUGUUCUGGUACUAAGCAGUGAUAUACAGGUGUAUAAGUCAGUGAUAUCACUCGUUUGUUUGUGGGCGCGAUAAUGUGUUAUUCAAGUGCUGUCGUGUGUCGCAGUUAUUGAAUCGACAGAAAGAUAUGAAUUGUUUGUUUGGGCAAGAUAGUGAGUGAGACUUACGUGAUGUUGUCGACAAGAAAACCGGGGCCGCCAGUUCCCCCCAGACCCAGCGCAGCCGCAGUAGCCAGUGCACUGGCCAGACACCGUGAGAACUCUCCAAGCCCCGUUGGAGUUCACACGCUAAAACCACCACAUCCAGGACGUACUGUGGUUUACAAAUCGCCGGGAUUCGAUCAACCGAACAAACCACAGCACAUCAGCCCGAACGGAAGCUUCAAUGCAAAUGGUGACUCAAGGAUUUGUUCGGGUUAUUCACCCAAAAAGACCGAAGUUUACCUUGGCGAUUCGAACGGCCUCUUCGUACCACGUCCUAUUCUGCCGGUUGAUAAUGGGACUAAUCAUCGUAAUAAUGAGACCACUUCCAACCUAGUGAACGGUAAACUAAUGUACACAUCGACCUGCAGUAUAAUUGAAAUCAAUUCUUCCUCAUCAGCGUCGACUUCGGCGUCAUCGUCGCCCAUGUCCACACUUCAGAAGCCAGAAUCCAUCGGCUACAACGAGCGCAAUCAUCAUAAUUCCGCCGACGAGGAAGAUACCAUCACGAGCCAAAAACAACUUAAAAAAUCCCACAAUCAUCGACAUCUGGAUACUCUAGAUGAUGCCUCCGCCAUUAGGCGUAAUUCAUCCGAUGUGAUUGUGAUCAAUUCGACGACCUCGGAGCAUGACAGUGGCACCGAGCAAAAUUCGAUCGACACCAACAGCAUUGCCAGCAGCAAUUCGCUAGAACGGGAAAAUAAUCUUAAAAAUCUCGAAAGCAGACAAGCGCAUAUGACCGAGAUUAUUAUCGGUUCUGGCCCGGAUCAGCUCUGCUCCACCACCACAGUGGUGACCAACGGAACUUCAACGAUCAUCGAAGCUCGAAACGAUGCUCUCCUCACCAGUCGUUCCUCACCGGAACCCAUCAAACAUGUGAUAAGAACCUCAUCCAUCCGGCUCCCCUACCGCCCGGAGCCUGAAGGUGGAGAGCACAUCUCCCCUACGAACGAUCGGAACGCGCCAACCAAAUUGAUCAAUCCCCCGUCGAUCGACCCGAAAACGAUCGAUUCGAAGCUGAGCGAGAAGAAAGUUGCCUUUCAUGAGCUGCUAAUUUCGGAACUAACGGCUAUGAGACAAGCCAGCGGUGCGCAGGAUGGCGCUGCCACGGCCGCCAAUGCUGCCUCCAGGCGACAGCGGUGCCCCCCGGAAACGCGCUCCUCGGCGGAUGUUUCACCGAAUGGAACCGCCAGCCGACCGGCUCGGAUCCGUACCGCGGACUGGAUCGAGGUCGGCGAUAACGGCAAAGAGGUUGUGCUGUCCAGCUGCCAGAUCAGUUUGGAAGAUUCCGGCCUGGAGGACGAGGAGAAACUGGACGAUGCCUCGUCGGGCGUGGGGGAUUCUUGGGAUAGCGUCAAGGAUGCCGAAGAACGCAUCACGAUGUCCCUUCCGGGAUUGCCCCCGCUACCGAAGAGUCUCAGUGGUUUCGAUCUGGCAGGCCAACAGCUUCAAGCUCACCAGCAGCACCAUCUCCUUCAGCAGCAGCAGCAUCAGCAACACCAUCAUCAGUCAUCUAAUCACCAGCAGCAGCACCAUCUACAACCGCCGCAGCAUCAACCGCCCCCACCACCCUCCCAGCAAACACUAUCGCAGCAGCAACAGCUGCUUCCAUCCCUCAAUCACCACCCAACGAAUCCGUUCAUCCCGAUCGGGGUCAAUCUGCAAAGUGUCAGUAUGGCGUCGUUGGUAUCGCAGCACGGCCAAUCUCCAGUCAGUACGGUUAGCAGUGGCAACAGCAUCGCGGCAACGCCAAACAGUGGUUCCAGCAGUGGCAAUGGAAGCAGCAGCGUUCGGAAGCCAACCACCCUCGACACGCAGCUGGCGAUCUUGCGGAGAGAAAUGUACGGUUUACGACAGCUGGAUCUGUCGCUUCUAUCGCAGCUGUGGGCCCUGAACGAGUCAAUCCAGGAAUUCCGCACGAUGCUGCAGGAGCAGGAAACGCUCUCGCCACCCUCGCCAACACCGUCCAACUCGGACGUCAAUUCGGUUUCAUCGGACGACGACGAAGACGAUUCGUCCAACACACAAACGGUCGGUGCGGGCCUGCUGACCACACAGAACCUCAUUGAGUCGGUGGCGGCCGCUUCGGUGCUCAGUUCGUCCCAGUCCAGCCGGAUGAGGGCACCACCGCCUCCGCCGCCCAACCGGAAGGCACCCUCCCGGCCGGUUUGAACGUAAUUUUAAUGUGACGCGAUGAUCCAAAAAAUUGCAAAACAACAACACUCUCUCAUCUUCAAAUUCUAGCCAAUAUUUCAAUUUCAAUUACAUAUUCAAACAUUUUCGGCAUAAAUGCGAUCUCAAACGCAACUGGGAUCUAAAAGCAAGCUAACACAAUUCAGGAGCAAAGGUGACCGUUAGGUAAGCGAUUUUUUUACGGUAAUGCGAAAACGAAAUUAAGUCAAUAGAAUCAGACAAUUCAAUGCAGUGUGUAAAGUAGAAGCGCAAUUUUAUUGCGUGACAAUUCGCCUGUAGAACAAAUCGUAAGAAUUGCAAUUGCUCCCACAUCUCUUGUGUACAUAUUAACAUAACAUAAUUAUAAUAAUGUUCAUUCAAUUGUGACUACACUUAAUUGAAUAAUUAAUUAAUGAUAGGCGAACCAUUGUUUCAAAAUAUUGAAAUUACAGACCCGAACAAGGCUGAGUAAAACACUUUGAAAAAACAAA